GCCCCGCCCCGCGCCGCCGGACGCUGUGCCGGGACAUGGCUGCCGCCGGUGCCGGGUCGUUGAGCUGAGUGUCGGCCGCCGGGAGCCAACCGCCGCCCUCAACCGUCCGCGCGGGCGGGCCGAGGCGCCGGCGGGCCGGCGAGCAGUCGCGGCCGCCGCGGAGGACGGGGAGGCAGCAGCAGGAGGCCGGAGCGGCCGCCGCAGCCGGGCACAUGGCGUCCAUCUUACUGAGGAGCUGCCGCGGCCGGGGGCCCGUUCGCCUGCCGCCGCCCCGCGCCGCCGCCCCGAGGGGUGGUCUGGGAGAGCCCGCUUGUCUCAGUUGUGCCAACGCCGUGGGGUUGAUAAGCCACUUGAAUGUCUCGUCUCGCUGCUGCACUCCUGCCCACCCCGUGUACCUGUCCUUCAGGACUGAUCCCCGUGGCUGCUGGACUGCGAGGCCCGGGCGCGUGUGCUCGGUGGCCCGAGUGCCGUGGGCCCCCGCCCCCGCUGGCCUGUUGGUCACAGGGCCUCAGUUCCUCCCCACGCGCUGCUGGCACUCCACGCCCCCGCUGGGUGACGACUCUGUGGUGGAGAAGUCCCUCAAGUCCUUGAAGGACAAGAACAAGAAGCUGGAGGAGGGAGGCCCCGUGUACAGCCCCCCGCCGGAGGCGACCGUGAGGAAGUCCCUGGGGCAGAGGGUCCUGGACGAGCUGAGGCACUAUUACCACGGCUUCCGCCUGCUCUGGAUCGACACGAAGAUUGCGGCGCGCAUGCUCUGGCGGGUCCUCCACGGCCACAGCCUCACCCGCAGGGAGCGCAGGCAGUUUCUCCGGAUAUGCGCUGACCUCUUUCGCCUGGUCCCCUUCCUGGUCUUUGUGGUGGUGCCGUUCAUGGAGUUCCUGCUCCCUGUCGCCGUGAAGCUCUUCCCCAACAUGUUGCCGUCCACGUUCGAGACCCAGUCCAUCAAGGAGGAGAGGCUGAAGAAGGAGCUGCGGGUCAAGCUGGAGCUGGCCAAGUUCCUCCAGGACACCAUCGAGGAGAUGGCCCUGAAGAACAAGGCAGCCAAGGGGAAUGCCACCAAAGACUUCUCCGUGUUUUUCCAGAAGAUCCGAGAGACCGGUGAGAGACCCAGCAACGAGGAGAUCCUGCGUUUUUCCAAGUUGUUCGAGGACGAGCUGACCCUGGACAACCUGACGCGACCGCAGCUGGUGGCCCUGUGCAAGCUGCUGGAGCUGCAGUCCAUCGGCACCAACAACUUCCUGCGUUUCCAGCUCACCAUGAGGCUGCGCUCCAUCAAGGCCGACGACAAGCUAAUCGCCGAGGAAGGGGUGGACAGCCUGAACGUCAAGGAAUUGCAGUCAGCGUGUCGGGCACGAGGCAUGCGGGCCCUUGGAGUCACAGAGGAUCGUCUGAGGGAGCAGCUGAAGCAGUGGCUGGAGCUGCACCUUCAUCAGGAGAUCCCCACGUCCCUGCUCAUCCUGUCCCGGGCCAUGUACCUCCCCGACACCCUCUCGCCCGCCGACCAGCUCAAGUCCACACUGCAGACGCUCCCGGAGAUCGUGGCGAAAGAAGCACAGGUGAAGGCGGCCGAGGUGGAGGGCGAGCAGGUGGACAACAAGGCGAAGCUGGAGGCCACCCUGCAGGAGGAGGCGGCCAUCCGGCAGGAGCACCGGGAGAAGGAGCUGCGCAGACUCUCAGAGGCGGCGAAGGAAGCAGAGCCGGACGUGACGGCAGAGGCCGUCCCUGGGAGGCCUGUGGCCGAGCUGCAGCCAGAAGUGUCUGAGGUGACUCUGCCGUCAGAGGCCCUGAAGGACCCCGCCCCCGUCCUGGAAGGCUCAAAGGAAGAGGAAAUAACGAAAGAGGAAAUCGACAUCAUCAGCAAUGCCUGCUCGAAGCUGAAAGAGCAGAAGUCAUCCCUGACCAAGGAGAAGGAGGAGCUGGAGCUGCUGAAGGAAGAUGUGCAGGACUACAGUGAGGACUUGCAAGAGAUCAAGGAACUUUCAAAGGCGGGCACAGAGGUCUGUGUGGAGGAGUCUAAGGCCAGCAAGAGGCUGACUCGGAGAGUGCAGCAGAUGAUCGGGCAGAUAGACGGCCUGCUGGCACAGCUGGAGGCAGACCAGACAGCCGGCAAACUGGGCACGGCCGCCGCCAGCCCACCUGCAGGGGAGACUGUCAUCAGCGUCACCGAGCUCAUCAGUGCCAUGAAGCAGAUCAAGCACAUUCCGGAAAACAAGCUCAUCAGCUUGGUCUCGGCACUGGAUGAAAAUAAGGAUGGCAAGGUCAACAUCGAUGACCUGGUCAAGGUCAUCGAGCUGGUGGACAAAGAAGACAUUCACAUCUCCACCGGCCAGGUGGCCGAGAUUGUAGCCAUGCUGGAGAAGGAGGAGAAGGUGGAGGAGAAGGAGAAGGCCAAGGAGAAGGCCGAGAAGGAGGCCGCGGAAGUGAAGAACUAGGGGUCGCCUGCUCGUGUGCGCCUUGGGCCCUCCCCGUGUCUGCCUCCACCCUGCCGCGCCGGCUGCCGCGGUCCUGCUGUGGCAGUGAUGGCUCUGAGGUGAUUCUUAGUGACGCAUCUAGCAUUUUGUCUGGAAUAAAUCAGAAACUUCCGUAAUCAA